UCGAAUUAUCCGUUCCACCUUAAAUGCUGCACCAUUUAAGGUGGAACGGAAACGUCCAAUAAGAAGAUAUCAUCAACUUCUCUCAACAAUAACACGUUUUUCCUCUUCACUCCGCCUGCAAAUAAACAGAGUCAGUCCAGAGCUUUAAAGCUGAAAGUCUUGUUGCCGGCCUACCUGAGGGCUCAUCCUCUGAGCUCCACCGCGACUGAACGCUUGAAGGUGCUGGCGCUCAGCGCUCAGCUCAGGAAAGUGAAAGUACAGACGAGUUGGGAAGGGAAAGAAAACACGGUCACAAACACGCACACACGGAAGGCGGACAAGCUUAUUUCUCUUUACAUGUGAAUAAGAGCUGGCGUCGACGAGAAUUUCAGCUUUGCCUCGCUAUGGCGCUGUGGAUGCAAAUUUCCCAGCAGCUUCCACAUCUAACCAACCAGACCCUGAACGAGCUCUACCCAGACACAUUCCCCAUAGACGUCAGGCACUACCUGGCCAACUGGAUCGAGGAGCAGAGAUGGGAGGACUUUGACCUGGACAAUGCAGAGCAAGAGCCCCUGGCUCGGCGGCUGCUGGAUCAGAUGUUGGAGCUCCUACAUGAAGUGGCCUUCCACAACCCCAAUGUCGUGGAGAGGGUCAAACUCCAGCACAUCAGCCGGAACAUGAGCGUGUUCCAGACCCAGCCUAUGCAGCUAGUCAGAACAGUGAGGGAUAUUCUGAGGAAAGAGAGGCACCUACUUGGGCAACCGCAAAUGCAGCCCUUCCAGCAAAUACCGGCCCAAAUCAACGGCACCACACAGCCCCCCAGAGAGGCCAGCAACCAUGACGUGGACGCACUGGUGCUGAAGGUGCUGGAUAUUCAGACCUGCCGUCAGCAAAUCCACCAGCUACAGGAGGAGCUGAACUGGGAGAAGCAAGAAGCUGAGCCAAUGCAAGGCCAGAACGAGUUGGAUGCCACACAUCCGGAUCAAGUGACAAAACAGAACCGCAUAACACAGCUGGAUUACAAUUAUCAAGUCUGUGCAAAGAAACGUGUGCAGCUCCUGCAGGAGGCAGUGUGUAGUCUGGAACAGUGCCAGACUCGUCUUAUCCAGCGUAUUAAGUCUUGGCGGUGGGAGCAACUCCGCUCCACCAUUGGCCUCGCCUUCGACGACAACCUAGUCCCUCUGCAGACAUGGUGUGAGCAGUUGCUGGGGGUGAAUAGUAAUUUGAGACAAGAGGUGAUGCUGGUCAAGAGGGACCAUGGAAGUGCUGAACAUUUCCACCAGCUGGAGGAGAACCUCAACCGUCUUCUGCAGACACUCAUCCAGAGCUCGCUGGUGGUGGAGAAGCAGCCCCCUCAGGUGAUUAAGACCCAGUCCAAGUUCUCCAGUAGUGUGCGCUAUCUGCUGGGAGAGAAAAUGGCUCCGGGGAAGCCAGUUGUCCUGAAGGCCCAGAUCAUCACCGAGUCACAGGCCAGGAACCUGGGACAAGGGGUUAUACCCACUGAGAAUGUGGGGGAGCUGAUCAACAGCACAGCCAUCUUAGAACACAACACUGCCAGCAAGAGCACGUGUGCUACUUUCAGAAAUAUGUCCAUCAGGAAGAUCAAGCGAGCAGACAGGAAAGGCUCUGAGUCAGUGACAGAGGAGAAGUUUGCUCUCCUUUUCACUGCUGAGAUAACCAUCACAGGCUGCGAGAGUCCUUACAUUGUCCAGAUGAUAUCUCUUCCUGUGGUUGUAAUCGUACAUGGCAGUCAGGAGAACAAUGCUAUGGCUACAAUCAUAUGGGACUGUGCAUUCUCUGAACCUAAUAGGAUCCCGUUUGUGGUGCCAGAGCGCGUGCCCUGGAGCCAGAUGUGUGAGGCUCUGAGCAGUAAGUUCAUGUCCGAGGUGCAGACCAGCCGCGGUUUGAAUGGAUACAACCUACACUGCCUUGCUCAGAAAAUCUUUGACAAAGAUAUCUCUGGGGACUUCAACAACAUGCCUGUAUCUUGGGCUCAGUUUAACAAGGAAGUUCUGCCUGGCCGCAACUUUACCUUUUGGCAGUGGUUCGAGGGAGUGAUUGAUCUCACAAAGAAAUGCCUGAAAGCUUACUGGAGUGAAGGGCUGAUCUUUGGAUUCAUUGGAAAGCAGCACCUUCAUGUCAUUUUGCAGAAUAAACCCAGCGGCACAUUCUUGCUGCGCUUCAGUGAUUCGGAAAUCGGAGGCAUCACCAUCGCCUAUGUGGGCCCCAGUGAGAGUGGAGGCAGGAAAAUACAGAACAUCCAGCCUUUCACUAAGAAAGACCUGGACUCCGCUGGCCUUGGCGACCGUAUCCGGGACAUCAGCUGCAUCAGUCACGUGUAUCCAGAUUUGCCAAAAGAUGAAGUCUUUAAGAAGUUCUAUACAGUUCUGUCUCCUCCACACCCAGAUGGAUACCUGCCAUUCAAACUCACCACUGUAGUGGACCCGGAAGUGCUUGGAAGUACUUCUACCCCGAGCAUGACACCACAGCCUGAAACACCCCAGGAUUUUUGCUUAACCCAGGACCAACCAUUCCAAAUUUCUGCUCCUCUUCCUGGGGGUCCCUUUUCUCCAUCAUAUCCCGUUGAUCCCACUGUGCCACAAAUGUACCCUCCUUUCUAUGGUGAAAACAUGGAUUUUAUUUACCAUCAAUAAAUAACAGCUGCAAAUAUCAGAUUUGGUAAGUUAGCCCACCCCUUUUUGUUAUCAGGAGAACAGAGCCACAAGACCACAUGGAGCUGGAGGACUUUCUCUCAACACUCAGCACUUAAUUAAAAUACUAUCAAAGACUGCAGCCGCCUUCUGCUACAGGAGCCCCACGCAGAAACACAAACAUACUUUGUGGAACAUACAGAAGCAAAGCAUUACGCUCGAACACAGAUGCUGACACUCACUGCUCUUUCUUCUGGGUGCAUAGUAAUUCAGUAAGCUCUGUGUGGAUGGAAUGUGGCUUUUCUUUAUCGUAUCGAGGAUAUCAAAUGGCCUGCUACACUAAGGAUAUGCAGAACAGCACACACUUUUGUCCAAGUCGUUUUAUCUCUGCCGUCUGUGAUGGAUUGAUGCAGGCAGGAUUUAAAAGUACACUAAGCAGAUUUUUUCAUUAAAAACUAAUGAAAUACAGAGUAAAGUGUAAUAUGAGUAUUACUGAAAGGGGCGCUCUGGCUAAAGUGAAAAAUCUAUCCAAUGCUAUAUCUAUUGUAAACAUUCCUACUGUCCACAGUGGGGCCAAAAUAGUCUUGAGAAUGGGAUUUACCUGUUUAAAGCAUGGGAUAAACACCUUCUGAUGAUGUAUCUUGACAGUGGGAGGAAAACUACAAGUGGAAACAUGAGGCCGCCGUGUUUACUUAUUAUUUUUUAAUGCUGGCUGGCUCAUAUAGUAGAAAGCCAUAUAGCUAACUUUACUGCUAGAAAAUCAAAUAUCAUGUCUGUAUUUAUGAGCCUCCACAUUGGGGGAUUUUUAUCUCUGUGAGGGGAAUCUCUAAUGUUGUAUUAUGUAUUUGUGUAAUGCAUGCUGGGUAUUGAAGUGAAAGAACAUUGAUGUCAAACUGACACAGUGCUUCAUGACAGAAUGGUCAACAACAUGACAAAUAACAUAUUAAGUGCUAGUUUUAGGCCUGAAUGCCACUUUCACAGUAUAAUGUGAGACAAGCCCUGUGGUGGCAAUUCAUUUUCUGCUGUGAUCUUACCAGGAUGUUCAAUUCCUGCCAUGCCAAGUCAUGUGAGCGAGUAUUAUGUGACUUACAAAUGAAAAUGGAAAAUAUUGCUUAGUGUACCUUUAAGCCUGUAAAGUGGUAGAGAAAGACAUUCAUGCACUCUAAAAAGUGAUGUGUUAAGUAACAACACGACUAUCUUAAGGUAAAAUGUGUUGUUUAACAUACCUGGUUUAAGAGUGUGGUAUAAUGAGUUUCUCUGUGCCUCACAGGGUCUUUUUAAAUAUGCUAUUCUGUUGAUAUUCUGUUGGAUGUUCCUGCCUUUACAUUAUGACCACGCAUAUAUCGUUUUCCUUAAAACCACUUUGAGGAAUUUGCAAAGCCAUUGUUUAUUACUCCAUCCGUCACAGUACAUUCCUAUGGGUUGCCAAAGCUGUUAUAAAUAAUUUAGCGCAUGCAAUACAUGGAUUUUAGUUCUUCAGAGCCAAAUCUGUGAAUUUUUCCAGUUUUUGCCAACUUUGCUCUGAAAUUCGUGAUUGUGGCUUCAACCAGGUAUUUUGUAUUCAUCUUUAUAACAGUGUGGCUAGUAUGUACCAUAUUGUACAAAAAAAUUUUAAAUGUUGUCUUUGAUGGCCUUGAAAGAUUUUCCAACAUCUAUUGUGUAGCGUUUUUCUUAUAGUUUUCACAAAAGGAUGAACUCCAGUACUAUCUGACAUGUUUGUAGAGUGGCCGAGGCACUCGCUCUGAGUUUCUUCCGCCACUGAAUUUGCUCCUGUUCUUCCUUGUACAUCUUCUGGCUUCUGUGUAUGCACAAGCUUCAUCGUUCAUUUUAUUGUGUGUUCUAAAAGCACCAAAGAGCUAGCCCAGGCCUGCCCCCUUUGCAGAGGAUACUUAUAAUAUGUCUGUAGUGUUGCUAUAGUGUAUGAAACAAGUGCUCAGUUAUGACCCAGUUUGUGGAUAUAUUUUGAUGCCAUGCUCAUGAUAUUUGAAUUGACCUGACCUGACUUAACCAGUGUAGUCACAUUCCACUUCAUUGCCUUUAAAAAAUGAGUUUGUGUUGUUUCAAUACAGCGAUGUAGAAUUUGUUGUUGCUGCACGCUAAUCUAUUUCUAUACAGCCUCUUGCCUAAUGCAUACUUUACUUAUUUGAACUUCUGAUUGCUCUAAUUGUCAGUACAGAAUAGAACAUAUAUCUAAUAUUCAGUAUUCACAACCAAAACAUGCUACUCUGUGAUUUGUCUUUAAAAAAACAGUAUGUCUUAAAAUUAUUUGUGCAACAUCUGUGCAAAGUCUUUUUAUCUGGUUUUUUUUUUUUUUUUUAAAUCUAUAUCAAGCUAGAUGUAAUAGACUUUCUCUGGGAUGAUGCAUUCAUAAGUCUGGAGUUUAUAGUUCAGUCCUUAGACUAGACUCUUUAAUGAUGUAACGCUCCAUGGUGUAUUUUUCUGCUUUACAUCCUUGCACAUUUGUCUCAUUUCAAGGGAAAGUACACAACCAUAGAUCAUAAUGCAGUGUUUUUGUGCACCCCUCUAGGCCUUCUGCCCUUUUUUGAGAUUGCUAAAAUUGAAAUGUAAUAUACCUAUGUCCUUCAAGCCAUGAAAUGUGAUGUUGCUUUGUAAUAAUACUGUUUUUUUAUCUUGUAAAAUAUUCUUUUGUGCAGUGAGUGCUUUGUUGGGGGGAAAUAGGCUGUCAGAUGACAUGCAAAUAAAUAAACAAUCAAAAUUAUGUAUACUC